UGUUUUACUGCUGCAAGUGUUCUUGUACAGCUACUUGAUUCACCCAAAGCUCAUUUGAAGUGAACUCAGAAAAUAAGAACAACCGCAAACAUGUCUGCACUCAACAAAAAGAUCAUUCACACCACAUCAGCUCCGGCUGCCAUCGGUCCAUACAGCCAGGCGGUGGUGGUGGACAGAACCAUGUAUAUCUCAGGCCAGGUGGGACUGGAUGUGGCCUCUGGUCAGCUGGUGGAUGGGGGAGUGAAAGCUCAGGCCAACAAGGCUCUGGCCAAUAUGGGGGAGAUCCUUAAAUCUGCUGGCUGUGAUUACAAUAAUGUGGUGAAAACCACUGUGCUGCUCAAGGAUAUAAACGACUUCAACUGCGUCAAUGAGGUCUACAAGCAAUUUUUCAGCAGUAACUUCCCUGCAAGAGCUGCCUACCAGGUCGCUGCUCUCCCUAGAGGUGGACUGGUGGAAAUCGAGGCAGUCGCCGUUCUCGGACCUCUCUCCGACUCCUGACUAGCUGACCACAUCACAAACAAGCUGUAGCUUAAGCAUCAAAUGUCCUUGUAGUUGUACUGUUGAGGUGUCAUUGUACUCCCAGAUAAGACGGUGGCUCUCUGACUGCACUGCUGAACAAUAUUUACAAGCUACUUUAAAACUUUUAUCCUCUAGAACAGACUUAAUGCUUUGUGGCUUGUAAAUAGUUUUACAUCUAAUCAGUCUUACAUUAAGCUAAAUUUAACAGUGAAGCAAGACUGUGUCUUAACAACUGGUUUAACAUAUUUUGGUAACGUUCAAGACUGGAGCCGUUUCUGCUCUAUCUUCUAGUUUCUUCCAGAUAAACAGCUGCUCCAAACUCACUAAUAAACUGCUUAUUCACCUUAAAAA